AUGAGUAUUCUGAAAAGCACAUUUACCUCAUUAAAAAAGAAAAAGAAACGUCUAAAAGGAAACAAAGGGAAGGGUUCUACAUAUAAUAGUGACAUACUUGCUUUAGACAAUUAUUUAAUAAGUGAUAUAAAAGGGGAGCCAAGAAAUGGAAAUAAAAAUAGUAGUGGAAUAAUAAGCUCGAAAAAUAGGAAGGGGGGUAUAAAAGUGCAAAAUGUGAAAGGACAUAUAAAAAGGAUAAUAAAUAACACAAUAUAUUUAUUCAAACUUAAGAAGUUAAGGGGGUUAAUAUUUAAAAAAAAAAAAAAAAAAGUAGUACAUAAAAAUGAAUUAUUUAAAGUUAAAUUCGUAAAUAAAAAAGAAAAUAGUAAAGGAAAUAAUAAUGAAAAUAAAAAUGACAAUAAAAAGGAAAUACCUAUUAAAGUAAUAAAUAAAAAAUCUGAUGAAAAAGAAAAUACAAUAGAAGAGGUAAAAGAGAAGGAACCUAAAAUUGAUAAACAAAUAAAUGAUUUUAAUAAAACUUUAAAAAAUAAUAAUACCCCUCCUAUUGAAGAACAUGUAUCGGAAAAGGUAGAGCUGCUUAAUAACGUAGGAAAGGAUAAACAUGUUUUAAGUGAUAGAAAUACAUCAGAAGAAGAAUACCAAGUCAAAAUAAAUAAAAUAAAUGCUCCUUAUUUGCAAGAAUUGUUUGGAAAAAUAUACAACAAAAGAGAUAUCAGCGAAAAGGAGCAGAGUACUACCAAGUGCAAGCAAUUCAAACAAUGGGGUAGUAGCAACUCGUCUGAAGAUGAUUCUGUGCGUUGUAGUAUUAACAGUAGUAGAGAUAUCAGUAGUGGCCAGCAUAGUAACAAAAGCAGCGGAAGAAGUGGUACUCCGUUAGUUAAAGACGCAAUAUCGUCGAAUUUCUUGAGCUGUAAAACUAACAUCUUUAACCAUUUUAUGAAUAAUGUUAAGCCUUCGAGAAGCCAUAACAUCGAUGCUAUCCACCCUUUAUAUAACUUUCUGUGCAAAGAUGAAAGUUCGUAUUUGAGUUCUAAUUGGCAUGAUAGAAUAAAUUAUGCCUUUCGAAAUAUAUGGGCAUUAAAGGAUUAUAUUUAUGAUGAAAAAAAGGAAGGGGAACGCGAGAAGGAAUUAUUUAAUGAACUAGAAUUAUAUCACAUGUCUAGUAAAAUCGGUGCAUGUGGAUUAAUAUAUUGUUUAUUUUUAAGUAAUAAUGAAAAUAAUGAUACUUAUAACUAUUUCAAAAAAUGCUUUGUUAAUAUAUCUAAAGAAAAUUAUGCGCACAUUUAUAAAAUAUAUAAACCAAAAUUUGAAGAUGAUUUAGUUUUUCUAUUUGAUAGUCUUGUAUUUACGGUAAUAUUAGGAAGCAAAAAAAGAAAUAUUAAUGUUAACACAGCAAGAAAAAUAUAUAGCAAUGAUCUUAAGGGGAAAAAAGUUCUAUGUGAUUGUAUAUUUAAUUUAAAAAGGGAUUCCAAAUUUUCCUUGCCUAUAGCUAGCCAAAUUGAUUUUAUGGGCAUGCGGGUAAUUUCGGAGCCACUCAUGCCACUAAAUGAAGCGCACCUUCCGGUUGAUGUGGUUAAGGAGUUAUUGAGCAAAGUGGAAAUUAGUGAUUACUGUGUGAGGGAAGCGGUGGAAGAGAAGGAAAGGAAUGAAAUGCAGGGUGAAGAGGAAUCGAAUGAAUCGAAUGAAUCGGAUGAAUCGGGUGAAGCUCAGAAAUAUAUAGCAGAGGUAGAUAGGAAAUCUAUUUCUAAAUCUGCUAAGGGGGCGAAUUUUUAUCACCCUAUGAACGAUAUGAAGUGUAGUAAUAACUACCCAGAAAAGAACGUACCCACGGGUGAGUAUAUCAUCCAGAAAAAAGGCAUAUCAAAUGGUAGAAGAAAAGGAAGGAGAAUGAAGUUCUUGAGGAGAAAGAUAAGAAGCUUAAAAAAAGAGGAAUAUUUUAAAAGAAGAAAGGAAAAGCUAUUUUAUGAAAGACUAAUGCUAGAAAUAGAAAAUUAUGAUCAUAUAAUCUAUGAUCAGAUAAAACAAAUGAGUGAUUACUUAAAUUACAAUUGUUGCAUUUUUCCUUUUGGGUUAUCUAAUUAUUUUGAGAGUAGAAUAUUUAAAAAAAGAAAUAAUGUUAAGAUGUAUAGAUCAGUUAUAGACAAUUUAUUUAUCAUAAGAGGAACAGAAGAAAUACUGCCUCCAUUUCUUUUCAGUUCUAGUAAAGAAAACUAUAUCACCCGAAUAAGAUAUGAGUUUAUAAAAUACUAUUAUUCGGAUCGUCCAUUAUAUAAUACUACUUCAGCUAUUAAUAUAAGAUAUGAUAAAACGAAGAAUCACGAAAACAAUAUAGAUAUUUUAAAGGAUGCUAGUAAAGAGAAUCUUAAUAAUAUUGAAAAUUACCUUCUUCCUAAAAUUAUAAAAAUUUUAACUAAUUUUAGUGAUAGUCAUGAUAUAACUGAGUCUUACCACGCACAUGGGGUAAAUAUGCGAAACUUAGGCUAUCUCUUAGAUAGUGAUAAAAAACCUGAAUUCCUUACACAAGUGUUAUGCAGGGAAAUUAUUUGCCGCACGUUAAAAUGUAUAUAUUAUGAACACGUACAUGCUUUCAUAACACAAAUUUUAGAGAAGGAACCGCACAGAGUUGGAGGUAGUUAUCGCGGGGGUAGAGCUCACUGCAAUGUUAGUGGCAAUAUUAGCGGAAAUGUUCUGAGCAGUAAUCACAGCAAUGAUCAUGGUAGGGACAGUAGCAGCAUGUGCAGCGCGUGUAGCACGACUGCAGAUAGUUGCAGGAAGAAUAACCAUCUCGAAUAUCACACAAAUAAGUGUCAAAAUUUUAUUUGCUUAUGUAACAAGUGUUAUACAUGUUGGAAUUAUUUUCCAGAAUUAGCUCCACAUAAAAUCCUAAUUAGACUGAUAAAUCUAACCUUAAAUUUUAAUACAGUAGAUUCAGUAAAAUUUUGGCAUAACAUACUAAUACCUCAGUGCAUGGAAAAAUUUCAAGUUAAUUUAAAUGAUCAUAUAAAAAUAAAAGAUAUGGAAAUAUAUGGAUUACUUCUAUGUAUAGAAUUUCAUUUUGGAGUUUAUUUUAAAGAGGAAUGUAAACAGAACUACUGUGUUAAACUGCCUCUAACUUUGGAGGAUAUGUCCAUUUUUGAUUCUAAAAAGGAGCAAGUCCUAUUUCCUAAUGUAUCUCAUUUGAAAAAUAUUUUUAAAGCGGGUAUUAGAAAAAGGGGGGAUCUAUGCAUACGGGAAGGACGGGCUUAUGAAAGGAGCAAAAUAAAAGAUGAUUGUGAUGAUGGCCAUAAUGAUAACAAUGAUGACGAUAACAGCGAUGACGAUAACAGCGAUGAAGAUUAUGACCAUGAUGCUCCUAACAGAAAAAGGUAUUUAAAAAAAAGACCAAUCAAAAGUAAGAAUAAAGAAAAAUACUCCCUGAAUAGUGAUUGUUUAAGUAGGGAAUAUAAGUCAAAGAAAAAGUACAAAACUUUAAGUGAAUUAAAAAAGCAUAAUAAUAGGCUAAAUGGAGAUUUAAAAAAGACGGAGAAAAGCCUGAACAGUUUAGGUAAAACUCAUGAUUCCUCAAGUUACGAAAGGAAAAGGGGAGGCAUUAAAAACAUUUAUUCCAUAUUUAAAAGAAUGGGUGAAGAGAACUAUUUAUCUUCUCAAUCAAGAGAUGGUAGUAGAACUAGGGGAAAGGAUCCGACUAUAAAUAAUUUUAAUAUGAACAAUUGGGAUAAAAAUGUAUAUGAUAAUAAAAUUAGAAAGAAAAAAACGCCAAGGUAUAAUUAUUAUCAUUGCGAAAAAAUAAAUUUUGUUUUUUUUUAUCCUAAGAGUAAAAUAUGCUAUCCAAAAUAUACAACAUGGUAUCAUAAAAUUAUUGAGAUGUUAUCUUCUAAUAUUAUAAUACAAGAGAAGUUUAAGAUAAGGAAUAUUUUGAAAGAAAAUAUUAUAGAAAUAAUUCGUAUAAAACAGAGCGAUUAUUUACAUGUAAAUAACAUAUGUAAUGUUGGAUCUUGUAGUCAAAUAAAAAGUUUUAUUUAUGAAUAUAAUAUUCCUUGUCAUCCUUAUUGUAUUUUGAAUGAAAAAAUGAAAUGUAUAAAUUAUAUUAGAGCUAAGAAGAGUAUCUAUUUAUUAUUAAAUGUGAGUAUUAAUAAAAAUAUAUUUGAUAUAGCUAAAAAAUUUUUGUAUCUGGCAUAUUUACAUUUUGAACAUGGUUAUGUGCACAAAUGCCUGAAAAUAUGUUAUUAUAUUUAUAAUGCCAUUCCUCAUAUAGGUACUAUUACAAGGGAUAUAUUGAUUUUAAUAUUACAGUGUAAGGUUAAGGAAGAAAAUAUAGAUGACGCAUUGAUAAUUUAUAAAUUGAUCUUAAUAUUUAGUAAAUAUUACGAUGGAGAAUGUAACUUGAGCACUUUGUUGUCCAAUAUUUUGUUGGCUAACUAUUAUUAUGAUAAAGCGUGCAGUGCUUCCAAAUGGUAUGAGACUGAUGGAGCAAGAGAAGGGUCUACGAAACAGAAGAAUGGGGGGAAGUUGCAGAUUCAUAAAAAGACUCAGCAGCUUAAGAGGAAAACUUAUGCCAAAUCGAGUGACGAAUCGAAUGAUGAAGAUUUUAAUAAAGAGCGAAAGGGAACAGGAAAAGUAGGGGGUGAAAUGUUAGAUGCGGUUUAUUUUUUUGAGAAAAAAAAAAAAAAUUUACUAAAGGGAGAAUAUUAUUCUGAACAAUGUUACCACAUGCUGUAUACUGGUUUAAAUGAUAUGUGUUUUCAUUAUAUAUGUAUCUUUUCCUUACUGUUACUUGGUAAUAUUUUAAUGUCUUUAAAUAAAUAUCAUAGAGCAAUAAAAUAUUACACUCUAUCUUUACAAUAUUGUAAAAGAAGUAAAAUAUCAGAAUUUAUUAUUUUACAAAAUAAAUGUUUAUUAGCUGAUUCUUUGAAAAAUAAUGGAAAUUUUGAUAAGGCAAUAGAAAUAGCUGAGGAUUGUUUAAAUACGUUAAGUAGUUCAUCUUGGUCAUCACAUAAUUUGACAUUAUAUACAAUUUAUCGUUUAGCUCAAAUGAAACAAUAUAUUGGUUGCAAAGAUUUGAUAUGUCCAAAUAUACUGCUAGACAAUAUUUCGAAUGUUCAUUUAAAAAAGAAAAUUUCUUUACCUGAUUUUGUAACAUUUGAACAGUACUAUUUAAAUGAAAAAAACGAAAAAUAUAGAAAAGAAGCUAUAGAUUUAUAUAUUAAAUUAUAUUAUAAAUUAAAAGGACAAAAGAACUGUAGUGUAGUAUUUGCAAAGGAUAUAUUUGGGAAGUUAUAUAGCAAAGAAGAUUUGUCCGAUAUACAAGACAGUAGCAAGAAUGCAAUACAGGAUUAUACGGAAAGAAUUUUUGCAGUAAUACAACAAAUCCUGAAAAUUAAAGUUAUUUCAUUAAAUAUGAACAAACAGUUUAUGUUAGCUUCAAAAUUGCUUGCAGUAGUUUUGUCAAAAAACUCGUCAUCCUUUGUUAAGCAACUGACUUUUAGGAGGAAUGGAAGAGGGGAAUAUUCUAAUUCUUUAUUUAACUCUAUGCAGUAUCGUAUGGAUGAUCAGUUAAGUGCGCGGUUAGAAGGGGGUCGAGGGGGAACAGGGAAAGGUGUAGAAGCAGUGGUAUGUGGACCUAAUAAUAAAACCAAUUACAACAGUAGCAGUAGUAGCAGCAACAGCAACAGCAACAGCAACAACUACUACUACAACGAUGGUGUGCAUAUAGACGAAUUAAUUGACGAUAAUUACAUGAAUGAUCAUAAAAAGAAUAUAGGAGGGAUACUGAAUUUUCAAAUUAGUGAUUUUCAUUUAAACAAACAUAAGAAUUUCUUUCAUAGGAGCUGCUAUACAAAGGAGUACGAUUAUAUAUCCAUAGAAAAAAUAUUAUUUGAUGAUACGUAUUUUAGUAUAGAAGAUAUAUGUAAAUAUUGCUAUUUGAAGUGUGAAAGCUAUAAUAAUAAAGAGGAACAAAAUAUGCAAAAUAUGCAAAAUAUGCAAAAUAUGCAAAAUAUGCAAAAUAUGCAAAAUAUGCAAAAUAUGCAAAAUAAGCAAAAUAAGCAAAAUAAGCAAAAUAUGCAAAUUAAGAAAAAUAAGCCUAGUUAUUUAUUAAAUCCAACUGUAUGGUUUGAUGUACUUUUUUUUAGUGUAAUGAAAGGUACUUGUAAUCACAUGGAAUUACUUAUAUUAAUCGACUUGGUUAAAUUAUUUUUGACACCUUUACAAAAACAGCUAGUUUUGUUUCGUGUAAAAUCAUUGAACAAUAUUAGAGAUUAUGAGAAGUACUCAGAAUACGUACAACAUUUACUAAAUAAGGAGGAAAAGAACAUAACUGAUCUAGUAAAUAAUGUAAAUAGAGAGAAGAAUUCAGGAUAUGCGCGUAAUAAUUUACCCCCAGAAAUUUCAACAUUCAAUGGAAAGGAUAUAAUAAAAAAUAUUGACUUCUUGUCAAACAUAGCUGUGAAUAACCCUACGAUUUUGUCUUUCCCCAGUGCGUUUAACAAAGCAAAAUAA